CCUCUUGGGUUCUGUACCAAUUGUUCCAUAUCUUUUGCAUUCGAAAUUCGAAGGGAAACAACAGACGCUAGUGAGAAGUCGAUUCCGUGCAUAAUCCAAAGUCUAUCUCCCGAAGCAUGAAUAAAUCUUUGAAUAAGUCACCCUCCAAGGCAAUCCUUUGCUUGCACGGCGGUGGGGCGUCACCAGAAAUUUUCCAUUUCCAGCUCGCCAAAUUCCGCAUGGCGCUGAAAGAUGAAUUCGAAUUUGUAUACGCCACUGGUCCACACAUCGCAGUGCCAGGUCCUGAUGUCCUUCCUUUCUUCGCCGGUAUGAAGUCAUUUUAUUCUUGGUUCCGCAAGGAGGCGCGAAACACCGACGAGGAGGUCGCGGUGUUCAACGAAGCGGUCAAGAUCGCGGUGGAAGACUGGGAUCGCGAGAACCCGACCGUUAACAUCGUGGGAGUCCUCGGCUUCUCACAAGGCGGGCUGGCGAGCACGGUCUUGCUCUGGGAGCAAGAGAUGAGGCUCCUCCCGUGGCUACCCAGGUUGGAAUUUGGAGUACUGGUUUGCUGUGCGUACAGCGACGUGGCGACAGAGUACAUCCGCAAGAUGUCAGAAGAUGGCAAGAUUGGGCGCAUCUCGGUACCUACUUUACAUAUUCACGGGAGCCAAGACUGCAACCUUGGACAGGCAAGGGACACUCUUGCGACGCACUAUUCUCAGAAAGCCGCCAAAGUCAUCAAUUUUGAGGGCGGGCAUCAUAUCCCUCAGAGAUUUGAGGAUGUUCAGAAGAUGACGACCCAAAUUCGUCAACUAGUCGAGGAUCUGUUAGAUUGUGAUGGGUUAUCAAGGACAGUAAAUUGUCGGUGAAAGUGGAUUGUGUUCUUCUGUUGUUGUUCCCUUGUGGACGCGUAGCAUGUUUCCUGACUUUUAUCUAUUAUCGUAUCACGUGACGUGAGGCACAUGUUAUUUCAGCCGAGG